ACUUAUUGAGAAAUUACCAUAAAUUAGAACAAUUAAAUCAAUUUGAAUAAACCUUAGAUCUGAAGACCGUAUAAGUCUGAAACAAACCGGUAGAAAAAUGAAACUAUGGACAUGGACAAUAUUUUUUUUAUAAAUAAAAUAUUCUAUUAAGUUGACGAUUAUAAAUAAAAUAUUGUCCAUUCAACUAAAUAUAGUGAAAUAAUAUUUUUCAAUAUUAUAAUAUUUUUUUAAUUCAGAUUUGUCCAAAAUCUUUCAAAAUAUGUUCGUUCAUUCGGAUUUAUAAAUUAAAAAUUAUUCUAAACAGUUUUCAAUUAGGUAUCAAUUAAUAAUGGACAUAAAUUGUUUAUUUCUUCUUCAUUUGUUUAUGUACUAUUUAAGGUACUGAAUCUUUAACAUUCUUAUCUUUCAAAAUAUUUUUUUUUCUUUUUUCCAAAAAGCAAGUUUGUGUUUAUGUAAUUCUACAUAAUUUAUAUUCAUUUCUUCUUUAUGUCUAGUAAACAAAAAGAGUGAAAUUGUGAAAUAUAGUUUGAACAUAGAAAUUUAAUUGCACAGAUUAUCUAAAUAUUUAUUAAAUGCUCUUUCCAUUGCAAAAGAAAAACGAGUUGUACCCUUAUAAAUUCGAAUGAACGAUUAAUAGUUGUUCUUUUCCUAAAGUGUGCUAUCGCACAUUGCCGAAGCCCAUCCAAGUGAAUUUACUGGUUUUUGAAGUGUUGAAAUAGGAGACAAUUUAAUGAAUUAUUCAUCUAUAAAAAGCAUCAGACUAAGUGCUCGUACAACUCUGACUUCCAUCCCUAGAGGGAUUGAAGAAAGACAAUCCAUAUAGAUCUUCCCUUAACGAGUUCACAGUGGGUGAUUAGAGGAAAUGACGAGGGUGGAAGUGAGUAAGAUUUGGAGCCAAAAAGCAGAGGGACUACCGCUGAAAAAUAGAAAUUAGAACAUUUCACCGAUGCAAUGGAGUGUGAAGACAAUUUGUGUGUGAUCUUAAAUCAAGGUGAUUGCCUCUCUCGGUGGGCCCAGGUGAGAUAGGCUGCUCCCCCACGUGGAGAGAGAGAGAGAGUGAAGGUGCUUUCGCAACAAAAGUGAAUGGAGCUGGCAAGAGAGAAAAUCGCGACUCUCUGGCGACCACGGCGAUGAGGCCAGACAGCUCCAGUACUGAAAGCAUUGUGGCAUUGCUGGUGCGACUGUUCGUGAAGACGGAUCUGAGGUAUAGAGCUUUUACAUUGCGCGCGCGCUACAUCCGACACCAGAUUUGUCUCAUUCACUAACCCCAGAAUUGCUCUCCAGACACUCAGUCACUCCACUGAAGCUCAAGGAGGAAGUUGAAGUGGUGCUAAGGUUGUGUCUCCCGUGCCCAAUUGCCGUCGCGAGUGAUAUGUUGUAAUCACCUGAAAAGCUCCGGUGGUCAAAAUUACCCAUGUCUUUUUCCUAAAUGCAAAUUAACCAUCUCGACGAUUCCAAAGAGUGAUUUAGCUUGUGCAGUGAACGCGGGAAUUUUUGCCCAAAAGAAAAGAGUCGUGUGAGUAAUUUUGCCCUGAGAUCAGUCUCAGGUGUGAUGCAAGAAUAAUUAGCUAAUCCGCUUGUAGUUUGAAAAGAGCGCGCAUUGGAGCUUUCAAAUAAAAAAAAAGGCAUAAGAGAGUACCAUUUAGCUGGAACUCCCUGAUUCUCUGUAUUUUUCCCCACUGUCCCAGAUAAAUUUACUUUGUGUCUCGCGAUAGACAAACAAACGGUCUGUCUCUGGUGCCAAAAAAAGUAACGCAAAAAGAAUAUAAUAAGCCAUUAGCGAGCACUAAGCCGAUACAAAACUGGUGGCAAGUGAAAGGAAUUUCGGUGUGAUUUCUUGCAUGUUAAUUGUUAGUGGGUACUCUCUAGAGUGUGCUGUGAAUACCGCGUGGUGCUGAAGAAGUUGAUGAUUACCAGUAGCAAGAGUGGCCCAAGAGUGCCGGAUUGUGCAGUGAGUGUGUGACGAAGAAGGUCCCAAAAGAAAGUGAUAUCUCGACUAAAGUCCUGCAACUGGAGAUUCAUGCUGAGAACCGUGAAAAUGAGAAGGAAUGUGAAAUUUCUCCUACUCUUAUCAAUCUCAUGGAUGUUUAUUAUGGUUUACUACUUCCAAUCCAAUAAUGCCAAGACCUCCAACUCACUGACUCCAGCAGCUCAGCAUGUUCCCGACAAAAACCAUAUGACAUCACCAUCAUCAAAUGAUCUUCAUGCUCCUCAAGGUGAUGACCAUCACCUCUAUUCACUCUCAUCUCAGAUUGAGAAUCGAGCUCUUCGACUACGGGAUGCAGCGACUGUGGCCGCAGCCCAGUAUCCAGAACAUGAGAUUGCAUCAUCGACAUCACCCCAAGGAGCCCCCAUUGCCCUUGUACCCGAAACAUCACCACGGCUGUCAUGGGACUACUUUGACGAGGCUGGAUACAUAGCACGGGGUGGUUUGCGCAAUGGGGAGGAUCCUUAUCUUCGCAAUCGAUUCAAUCAGCAAGCAAGUGACCUCCUGCCGAGUAACAGAGAAAUUCCCGACACUCGAAAUCCCAUGUGUCGGAAGAAAAAGUGGAAACACGAUCUACCAGCUACGAGUGUAAUUAUUACGUUCCACAAUGAAGCAAGAUCGACGCUCCUGCGCACAAUAGUCAGUGUACUCAACCGAAGUCCAGAACAUUUGAUCAAAGAGAUAAUUUUGGUUGAUGACUUCAGCGAUCAUCCUGAAGAUGGUCUCGAGCUGGCCAAGAUUAACAAGGUCCGGGUGAUAAGAAAUGACAAACGGGAAGGCCUUGUGAGAUCUCGUGUUCGUGGAGCAGAUGCUGCCAUAGCCAAUGUCUUAACUUUCUUAGACAGUCAUUGCGAGUGCAAUGAGAACUGGCUGGAACCCUUACUUGAACGAGUAGCUCAGAAUCCUUCAAGAGUGGUCUGCCCUGUAAUCGAUGUCAUAAGUAUGGACACAUUCCAGUACAUUGGAGCAUCAGCAGAUCUGCGUGGAGGUUUCGACUGGAACCUCGUGUUCAAAUGGGAAUACCUCAAUCCGAAUGAAAGACAGGCUCGCCUCAAGGAUCCUACUGAGGCCAUAAGGACCCCAAUGAUUGCAGGUGGUCUCUUUGUGAUUGACAAAAUGUACUUUGAACGGUUAGGGAAAUAUGACACCAAAAUGGAUGUCUGGGGUGGGGAAAAUCUCGAAAUUAGCUUCAGGGUAUGGCAAUGUGGUGGUAGCCUUGAGAUCAUCCCCUGUAGCAGAGUUGGUCAUGUCUUCCGCAAGAGGCAUCCUUACACUUUCCCCGGAGGCAGUGGAAAUGUCUUCGCGAGGAAUACACGGCGAGCUGCCGAAGUUUGGAUGGAUGACUACAAACAGUACUACUACGCUUCAGUUCCUCUAGCUAAGAACAUCGCUUUCGGAAAUAUCGAUGACCGAAUGGAACUGAGACGAAAGCUUCAGUGCAAACCAUUCAAGUGGUACCUGGAAAAUGUCUAUCCAGAGCUAGUGGUGCCAGAAACCACAGUCUUGGGAAGUCUGAGACAAGGCCCCUACUGCUUAGACACAAUGGGUCAUCUGACUGAUGGAACAGUUGGUCUCUAUCAGUGUCACGACAGUGGCGGCAAUCAGGAGUGGUCCAUCACAAAGCGUGGCCAAAUCCGUCACCACGACCUCUGCCUCACUCUAGUCAAUUUUGCGCAUGGCUCAAUGGUGGUGAUGAAGUUCUGUGAUGACUCAGAAAACCAGGUAUGGCGCACCCGAGAAGGUGGGUUACUCCAGCAUUCCAAGAUCAACGUCUGUCUCGAUUCACGACAUGUGCACGAGAAGGGCGUCUCUGCCGAACGCUGCAAUUCUGCCCUGGAGUCCCAGCGAUGGCGCUUCCAGUCCAAAUAUGCAUCAUGAAUAGGACCUCCAGGGCCACCAGGCCGCAAGAAGCGUCCGCGACGCCGCGCGGCCGCCGUCACAUCGCGUUUGUGAUUAUAAUCCCAGCACUUCCUGCCCGUCGCACCGGCGCCCAAGAGACUGCGACGGCGUCUCUCAGGCGAGUUCUGAGGGUCCCAAAUUUCAUUUCAAUACAUCAUCAUAUGCAGGAGACACCACAUAAACCCUUUCUUGGCACCGUGAUAUUUAGGCAAAGAUACACCAUCUUAUUCUUCCCUCAAAAAAUCCUUGUAUAGACCAUUUUACCCUAAAGAUAAAACUAAUUUAUUGUGUUGUUUCACCUCAGAAGAAAAACCCCGAUGAGUAUCGAAUGUUACCCCCAGGAAGUUCAACUGAACUCUUGGUUAGAUAGAAAGAUAAAUUCUUGAGGCAGUUUUUUCGUUCUUAGCAAUUUUCACAUAUUCCUCACACCGUUUUCCCCUUUUUUUUUUGCAAUUUCACGUGAAGAUUUUGGUGCAACUUUUCACCAUGACGAAGGAAAAAUCUUUUAUAUGGGGUGAUUUUCCUGAUUUUCAGAGAAAUCUUAUGUUGAAUAAAGAGUAAAAAGUAUAAAGUUUUCUAUGGAAGGAUGAUCUUUCAAUUCUCAUUGUGGAGAAAGGUCUAACAAGCAACACUCAGAAAGCCAAAUGGAAUUUGAAAAUAGUAAAGUAAGGUAUUUCAUGCGGAAUUUGAAAAGUUGAAUGACUGAACCAGAAGAUUUCUGCAAAGAAUUUUCUUUUUUUUACAUUGCAUUGAACUUAUUGACAGAUUUCGAAUAACUUCGAUAUAGUUCGAAGUGAUUGAAUAAAAAAUACUUUUGGAUUUAAGGAGUGAAUUGUUUAAUAAUUCGAAUUAUUAAACUUGAUUAACUAAAUUAGAAUAAUUCGUUUAAGAUGUUAAGUGCAAUUUAUCUUAAAAGACAUUUAAAAAAAAACUCGGAAAAUUUUUUGUAUUGUAGAAAAUAGAAACGUUCGGCAACUGUUCUAAGCAUUAUAGGGGCUUAACUCUUUAAUUCAAAGUUACGAACUUCAAAGAUAUUAAAAAAAAAAUUUCUCAGAAAUUGUACUUUGAAACUGAUAAGCUCAACCAGAUUUAGGGGCAUAAGUGUGCCAAAUUCCGGCCAGCUUACAAUUCCGGCCACAUUUUUUUUAUUCCUCAAAUUUCAAGGAAUUUUUAGUUAUCACAUACUCUAGACUAGAGAUUAUACAAUGCAAAAAAUAAGAAUAAAAUAUCGAUUCGACGAGGAAGAUGAUCUGAAAAAGGAAUUGGAAGAAUUCCGGAAGGGCAAGGAGCUAUGAGAAUGAAGGUGGCCGGAAUAGGCCACCAAUGAUAUGUCGACAUUUUUAUUCAUUAUAAAAUGUAUUAAGAAUGAUUUUAGAGAAAAUAAAGACGAUAAACUGUCUACAAAGGCUCCAAGCAACAUUCCUUAUAAAAAAGUAACAAAAAAUUCAAUUUUUAUAAAAAGAAUAUUACAUUUCAAAUUUGAGACUUUGGCGCUUGUAUGCAACUAUGCCGAAAUUUCGCACACUUACCUUAAGAAGAAUUUUGGAAAUUCCAAAAAUUCAAAGAAAUCGGUGCUUUCAGUCAUUUGUAAAUUCGAAAAGAAAUUGAAUGCCUGCAGUCGUACGGCGAGCGAAUAUGGAAUCUCCACCAGGAUAAUAGAAUUUCUAACCUUAAUUGAGAUCUUCAUUGACGUUUUUUAAACGAUAACUUCUUAAAUUGUAAUUCUAAUGUUUAUAGAAUAUUAAAAUCGUAUUCAAAUCAUCAAAAAUUGUACUUAAACUCAUUAAUUUUAUUCACUAUUGGUUAUAUAGGGUCGAAUGAACACCUCUUCGACAGGGAAUCUCUAUUGACACUUUUGUCAAAAUGUUGAAAUUUAUUUAAUGUAUCUAAUGAAUUGUAAAUAAUAUGGCGUUUUUUCAUUAAUCUACGUUUUUGCGAUAAGGAUAAGUAUUCGAAUUUCGUAUUCCAAAUGGUACAGAGUAGGGUGUCAAUAGGUGCUGACUCGAGUUCUUAAAGUGUCAAUAGGUGUUCCUUUCACCCUACCUAGUUCAAGAAGUUUAUAAAGAAUUUGAGAAUUAAUCCAAUCUGCUCAGAACAGAAGUUGUCCAUAUGGCUUUCUGAUUUUUGCAAUUAAAUUGGCAUGUAAAUAUUUUCAAACUUGUUCUAAUAUAAAAGAAAAAAAUUACAAAAAACCAUUUUUAAAUCUAGGUAUUAUAAAUUGUUAAGACAACCUUUCUCUUUUAAAUUUUACAGUAGAAAUCAAAAGUUUGUUACGGUGGUUAUUUCUAGUAAAAGAGGUUUAAAACGUUACUGUAAUUUUUUUUUCAAAAAUUAAAUUUUUAAUUCCAUUACAUUCCAGGAUUAUUACUCUUUGUAAUUAUGGAUUUAGGAAAGAAUAAUUUUAAUUUUUCAUUAUUAAAAAAGGUAAUUAAAAAAGAGUUAAAUGCAACAUUUCAUCGAUAAAAAGUUUGUUACGAUUGUACCAAAAUAAUUACGAUAGCAGACAGUCUAAGAAAAUCUAUCAAAUCUAAAUGAUUGGAUUUUGUGUAUUUAUUCAAAUUAUUUUUUUAUUAACAAUUCAAAUUUUCAAAUCUUUUAGUAACUCCAUAGCAUUUCAAUAUGAAUUAGACCGUCUUUCAAAUAUUUAUUUUAGCCGAGACACACUUGGGAAAACUAUAGAAGAUUUAAGAAAGAUAUCUCAGGAACAAACCUAUAGAGAAGAUUUUUUUUAAAUACGAUGUUGUAUAGAAGAGUGGAUUACAUUUCGAAAUAUCUUCGUUUGCACAGAUCUUAAAUGAAAUAAUUGAGCGUUCUUGGAGUGUUGGUUGGGGAUGCAAUAUUUUCACUAAUUCCAAGUUAUCAGCUAAACGGAAAUUUAACCAGAAGUUUUCUCUUGCAGGAAUAAGUUUAAAAUUUUUCUCUGUCUUUUUUUCAUGAGAAAGAGAGAGAGAGAGAGAGAGAGAGAGAAAAUCAGAACCCAAAGAAAACUUCUGGCCAGAGUUAUAUCCCUGUAACUUCGAAUGAGAGAUAUUCAUCUCCCUUUCGAUUUCAAGUAACAAAUUAGUUCAAUUGAGCGUGAAAAUAUUUUUUCCAUCGUAAUAUGUAAUUUCUUGAGCAGAGGAUAUUGUUACCCUGGCAUUUGAAUAGAAUUAUGCUCAAUCAGAAAAAAAUGGUGCUGUCGUUGGAAAAUUGCUAAAAGCAUCAAAUUGCUUGAACGAAAAAGCUUCCUCAUAAGGUUAUAAAAACUUCUCAAAGAAUCGCAAUAUGUUUUCUGUUUCAUCAAAUGAACGAGAGUCAAUUUAUUUAAUUCUAGUUUUCUUCUUUUUUAAUAAAAAAAAUUGUAGAUGUUCCAAGUGGCGUGAGAGAGAUAUAGGAGAUUUAAACUGAAUGUGAGAGUAUGUUGUAUAUAAAAUUUUAUAUUAUUCAGUAAUAUCCCGUUUUCCUGACUUUCCUGUCUUUCCUGUGUCGUUCAGUUGAGGAGCGGUUGAUGGAGCAAAAGCUCAAGAGACAGUGAGAGGCAUUAAAUGUAAAAUUCAUACAGAGUAUUAGAAUAUUAAAAUUAUUGUUUCAUAUAUAUUUCUUUGUUGAAUUCUGCUAAAAAAAUCUCAUUGAAAUGCAUUAUAUGGGCAUGGAGGGAUCUCUUCCGCACUUUUAUCUCUUCAUUUCUAUUUUAAUAUAAAUAUGUAUUUAUGGACGAUGAAAAGGAAGUUUCCCAGUGAAGGUUGUAUAGCAUUUAUACAUAUGGAGAAUGAUACGAUAUAACCCAGAGAAGAAAUUUAUUGUAUAAGCAAACAUCAGAGGUAAUAUAGAACAUUAUGUGGUUGUGUACAUGGAUUUACGAAUGUCUGGAAAUGGUGCGGAUGAGAAAAAUGCCCCCAAGAGUCAUCAUCCCCUGAAAUCAUCUCAAAAAGCAACGUGUUAAUCGCCCAUUUAACCCUCUUAUUGGGUGCCACAUGAUGGACUGAGGGUGAAAAACGUGUCACCCUCAGAAAUACAGAAUCUCCGGAUGGACACAAAUGUGCUCCCCAUUGAAAUUCUGCCACCCACUAUGAAACCCUCCUCUCUUAGUACAUUUUUCUCAUCCGAAAGGAUAGAAGAACAAGACACCAAACCCUCUCGUCUAUAAUUGUGAAUAUUAACUUUUCCAAGAGGCUCCAAUAUUCGUCCCCAAAAUAUCCAUAGGGGUCAAAUGAGAAUCAUCCUUUGCACAUGAUCCCCCAAGGAUUCAUUUCGCUCAUGGAAAGAAUAUCAACUUGUGGCAAAAAGUAUUAAAGAACAGACAUUUACCAAUCAACAUAAAAUCAGUGGAAAAUUUAAAUGAAUAGCCCGGGUAUUGCUUCAAAGGAUUUCUUAUACUCAGAAAUCCGUAACAAAUACCAGUGAACUAGUUCCAUUAAUACCCAAGAAAUUUUAAGAGAAACAUAAAUUAAUUAGGGUAAGUUGGGGUAAUUUGGAACAAUAUCUAAUUCGGAACUUUAAUAUUUCCCAACAGUUUUCGAUGACAAAAGGAAAAGCAACGAAGAAGAAGUCUCGCACGUAAAGUCUUGCACUUCUUCGCAGAUUUUUUUUUCUCUUCGUCCAUCUGAAACAGGGAGAAAAAUGUCAAAAAUUCCAAAAUAGACAUUGUUCCAAAUUACCCCAUCUUAUCCAUCUUGUCCUCUAAAAAUGAUAUACAUGGGAAUGCUAACUAACCAUAAAAUACAGCACAGUAAUUCUUUCUUGCAUUUGCAAAGAAAAGAAAAAGAGAAUUUAAAAGAAAAAUGGCUUUUAAAUUUGAUAAUAUAACCAAAGUGAAAAGUAAGAAUUUUGAGAAAAUUCUUAUUUUUCCAUCAAAUAAUCUCAAAAGCACUCACUGAAAUUAAAUUUCAGUAUAGUUCCAUAAAAAUUUAGAAUUAUGAAUCUCGCUGUAUUUAUUGGGAAACUGACUACUUCGAAAAAUUUUAGGUUAUUUUCCUUAUUUUGUGUUCAAGCCACUACAAAAAAUUGUUUCAAAAAUUAAUUACAUUUAGGGUAACUGUACGAAAUUUCGGCAUAGUUGGAUGCAAGUGCCAAUGUCUUAACUUUGAAAUCUUAUAUUUUUAAUACAAAUUGAAUUUUUUGUUACUUCUUUUUAGAGAGUGUUGCACGAAACCUUGUCGACAACUUAUCAUCUUUAUUCUCUCUAAAAUUAUUCUUAAUACAUUUUAAAAUGCAUUAAAAUGUAAAUAUAGCUUUGGUGGCAUAUUUCGGCCACCUUAAUUCUCAUAGUUCCUUGCCCAUCCGGAAUUCUUUCAGUCUUUUUCACAUUAUCUCAUCACAUUAUCAGUUCGUAGAAGCGAGAUUUUUUGUUAUGUUGUUGCAUAGGAAUAAUCUCUAGAGGGAUCUCAGUGGCGCAAUAAGCAAGACCGUUGGGUCUUGAACGAUGAGAUCUCUGGGUAGACUCUCACAGCUGUAAGUUCGGAAUCCGCAUGGUGCAAAACAACAUAAUAAAAGGCAUUGCAUCUGCCCAAAGAAAAACUACUUCAGGAGCACCGAAGAAGCGUUCACUAUGGGGAAGGCGCUCCUGGACGAUCUACGAUCAACAAAUUCUUCCAAUACGAGAACAUUGUAAUGAAUGCAUUGUAAUUCAAAAUAAAAUGUCUCGACACGAUUAAUAAUAAUAAUAAUCUCCAGAGUAUGCAAAAACUAAAAAUUCCUUGAAAUUUGAGUAACAAAAAACCUGGCUGAAAUUGCAAUCUUGCCGGAAUUGCGUACAUUUACCCAAAAUAAGUUAUUUACAGUUUGUCAAAUAUUUGUUAAAUUUUUAAAUACCACUGCAAGUGUUGGUAAAUGUCCAUUUCUGUCUUUUGGGGAAAAUGUAAGUUGAAUUAAGAUUAAUUUUUGUUCAAAAUUUAGCAAAAAAUGCUUCUUCCGAAUUAGUGAAUGAAGUCUAACCUUCAAGUGAAUACUAAAAAUUUAAAACUCCUCUUUACAAGUAACUUUCAAAUAACCUUUCCCAUUAUCUUCUCUGUUAAGGACCGCUUUCAGACUUGAGGUUGCAGUUAUAUGAUUCUGUGAUGAAUACAUUAAAGAAUUUCUAAAAAAAAAAACCGUUAUCGUUUGAAGAAAAUUUUAGUAUUUUGAUAAUAAAUUUCUUAUCUAUCUCAAGGAUUAUUUUUCCCUUUUUAUUAGGAAGAAAAAAUCCUAUCAAAAAGUGCGUAAAAUGGUUCCCAUUGGAUGACAAAUUGAGAGCAAUCUAUUUCGCGCUAUAAAAUUCUCGUGAAAAGAGGGAAAUCAAUGAGCUUCCAUCUACGUCAGAUGCUCCAUCGAAAAAUUUCGCCACAAAGUGCUCCAACUUUAUGGCUCAAACAAUUUGGGUUCGAGAAGAUGAGAAACAUUCUGCAACGGCAGGAAAAUAAAAAAAUAAUAAAGAGGAGCAAGAGGAUAAAUUACGGUGAAAUCUGCCGACCAGAUUGAAAGUGCAAUAAUGUACAAAAUUUGUGUAAUGGAUGAACCCUCUCGCAUUUUUUUUAUCUUUUUAAUGCACAAAGACGAAAGAAGGACGUCGGUGAGGAGAAAAAGAGAUUCAUAGGAUCAUUAGACGAAUGACACACACUUUAUGGGUUUGAUAUUAGAAUCUUGCAGAGAUUGCAAGUGAUGGCAGCUGACUCCACUCAUUAUUCUUGAAUUAUCUCCCCACAAUCUUUCCCUCUCUUCCCCAUAAACAUCCUGGACAAAUUGUAAACUUAAAGUGUAGGAACUGAGCAAAGAAAAAAUCCUUUAAAUACCCCACAUAUGACAUUAAAUAUUGCUAAAAAGGGUAAAGUUGAUAAGGGCAAUCUGAAAAUUUUCUAUUAGAUGAAAGACUAAGAUUUAUUUUGGCUUCUACAAUUCUGUAAGACAAAAAAAAAUACCAGACAUCCAAAAUUUAGCGGUAAGUUACUUACGUAUAUAAAUGAAAAAAAAUACAACAAAAAAACAAUAUAAUGUCCUUAAGAAGAUGUUAUCCCGAAGACAAACUGUUCUAUACCACUGAAUUAGAGGAAUUGAUUGAGUAAAAGAAGUGUAAAUAUAUUAUAAUAUAUAUGUACAUAAAUAACUAGAACAAGAAGCUUGUAGUUAAUAAAAGAGGGUGUAAACGUGAAGCACUGAUGCUAAAUACUCAAUUAUAAAAAAGGAAAAUGCUGUAAAACAAUCGUGUCAAUAAAAAUGUUAAAAGGAGAAUCGUUAGAUAAAUUUCCUAUCAUUUGAUUAAACUUCAUUAUAGCCUAAUUCCUUGUAAUUUUUAAGUAUUAUAAAUAUAAUCUCAUGUUUAUGAUUCAAAGAGACGACUAGAAAUGAUAACAUUGAGCGAGAUGACAACUUUUGUAAGAUAUUGAUUAAAAGAAAUAUACGAACACUUGAAGAAGAUUAA